GAGGCAGAGAAAGACAAAACAAUUCUAUCCCCCACUGACCUCGCUUCUCGCCAGGAACUCAAAACCCGUUAUCCAAAGACACAGCAACGUCCUCCACCACUGCUGCAAACAACACCACCUCUUCUCCCCCUUCUUCCUCACUUCAACAUGAACGACACCGUCGACAAGCUCGUCGUCUUCCUCGCGAAGCGCGACGGCAUCGACAAGCUAGUCAAGACCUUCCAGUACGUCUCCAAGCUCGUGCAUUGGCAGGCGGAGGCCUCCCGGCCGGACCUCGCCCGCCGCGCCAAGAGCUGGGAGGUCGCCUCCGGCCUCAGCCGCAAGGCCUUCCGCUCCGGCCGCUUCCUCACAGGUUUCAACGCCCUCCGGCGCAGCCCGGGGAGCACCCCGCUGUUCCGCUUCCUCGCUGUCUUUGCCAACGCCGGCGAGAUGGUCUACUUCUUCUUCGAUCACUUCCUCUGGCUCUCGCGUGUCGGGGUGCUUGACGCCGGCCUGGCGCGGCGAAUGAGCUACGUCUCGGCCUUCGGUGAGGCGCUGGGAUACGUCUUCUUCGUGGCCAUGGACGCCAUUAUGAUAAAGAAGGGGUUGGCGGAGGAGGCGACGGCGGCCAAGGAGGAGGAGGUGAGGCGGAUCAGAGGUGAUAGGAUGAUGAGAUUGAUGGCGGUAGCGGCCAACCUGGCGGAUUUUGUUAUUGCGGUGGCAGACAUCGAGCCUAAUCCUUUCUGCAACCAUGCCGUCACGUUGGGUAUCAGCGGCUUGGUCUCAGCGUGGGCUGGUUGGUACAGGAACUGGCCCUCAUAAAUUUAAUUCAAGGGAGGAGGAGGAGGAGGAGGAGAUUUCAAGAUCGCUCGCAUACUGAUAAUACAGAUAACAAAACAAUAUCUGCCAUUUGGGUAAAGGCAAAGCUUGCUUGCUUGUACCAGUUGUUAUACAAUCAUAUAAUCUUAUAUAUCACAUCUCAAGUCUACAAUCCUCUGCAACCAACUUGUUCUUUCGAUACAAAUUAAUUCAUAUUACAGUUGUUAGUA